AUGAAGUUCAGCAUCUUCCCCGUCGCGCUCCUCGCCGCCGUCGCCGCUACCGGCGCCAUUGCCCAGGACAGCUCGGUCGCCUCGUCCACCUCGGCAUCUGCUACUAGCUCGUCGUCGGCUAGCAGCGCUUCGCCCACCUCGGCCUCGUCGAGCUCAGCUUCGAGCGGAGGCCCCGCCAGCGGUGUGUGCGACCCUCUCGGUGGUAACCCGCGUUCUCGCCCUGCUGGAUGCCCUUACUCCACCACCAGCCUGCCUCCUUACAACCUCAGCUCGCUGAUCUCGUACUUCAUCUACGGCUACACCCGUGGUCCCGAGGCAAAGUCGCCCGAGGAGGUCGCAAACCAAAUGGCCGGCUCGGUUCUGCAGUACUACCCUACGCUUGUCACCCCCCGCUCUGACCUGUCGCAGUCGUUUUACUCGGCCAUCUCGGCCACCAUCGAGGCUGUCCGCCACGGCAAGCUCAAUGAGUCGGAUCUGCACGAUCCCAACGCUGCCGUUCCCGCUGCCGUUCCCGAGCACCUCGUUCAGUGGGGUGUUGCCGCCGCUGCCAUUGUCGCUGCUGGUGCCAUUGCUCUCUAA